CGGGUCACCAGGCAUCAGGUCAUUUGGCUCGACAGCGGGCACCGCGUCAUCUGGCAAGGCAGUGGGCUCCGAGUCAACAGGCACGACAGUGGGCACCGGUCAUCAGGUACCGGAUUGUCUGGCUCGACAGCAGGCAUCGGGUCACCAGGUAUGACAGCGGGCACUGGGUCACCAGGCAUCAGGUCAUUUGGCUUGCCAGCGGGCACCGCGUCAUCUGGCAAGGCAGUGGGCACCGGGUCACCAGGCAUUGGAUCGUCUGGCUCGACAGCGGGCAUCGGGUCACCAGGCAUCAGGUCAUUUGGCUCGCCAGCGGGCACCGCGUCAUCUGGCAAGGCAGUGGGCACCGAGUCACCAGGUACGACAGCGGGCUCUGAGUCAAUUGGCACGACAGCGGGCACCGGAUCAGGUACCGGAUCAUCUGGAUCAACAGCGGGCAUCGAGUCAACUGGC